AUGCGGAACAUUGUCGUUUUGCAAGUGCUGCUCAUGUUUUGUGUGUGUGGUCGAGCGAUCGGGGAAAAGCUCACCCUCAACGAGACGACGAAGUUAGGCCACUUGCGUGGACUACGAAAAAUUGAUGAACAGCAACCGCCAUCAUCGACGACGGAGCCGACAACGAGCGCUGAAAAAACACCGGCCACCACCGAUUGGUGUCUUCCCGAAUUGGCACUCGACGAGCGGGCCGUCAAAAUUAUGAUCAAAGACCUCGAGUACAGUGCUGGUGGACCGGUUCCGUGGUGGAUGGCCGUGCCCGCGUUUCUACUCGGUCUCACCAUUGGCGUUCUCGUCUCGUUGCUCCUGUGUGUGGUGUUCCGAAAGUGGUUCUACAAGGAUUGGUACCUGGCCUUAAAGAAGAAACGAGAGUUGACGACGGAGCGCGAGGUGAUGAAAAGUGCGAGGAGUGCCGGGCAGCAGCGACAACCGGCCUUCGAGACGGUCGCAUCAUUUUUCGUCGACAAUCGGAAUGUUUCACAGAAUCGCAAGAGCGAGGAUCUGCUCCCAACGGUGCCACAGGGGAACAGGAUGAGCGCCGGCGAGGUGUCGAGGGAUGUGAGAACAAAGGGAAGCGGCCAACUAUUGGGCGGCAACACGAGCAAUCAGACGAACGAGAAGAGGGACUUGAAGCACGAGCACACCUCCGGCAUCAAGUCUGGCGGCACUGGAAAAACCUCCAUUACGCCAAUCGGUGCUAAGCGAGCGCCCACCGAGGAUGAGUCGCCAUCUUCUGAGAGCCACAAUCACUCGAGGACUCUGAAACGUUACAUGCAAGAGCGCCGCUUCCGCACCAAAGGACUCCCAAAUAAGGCGGACGACUAUACGGACAAACGCCAGGCGCCCUCCAGCUCCAACUACAUCAAUUUUGGACACGGACAAUUGGAUGCCUCGAAAAAGUCGAACAAG